CUCCUAAAAUUUCCUCCCACAUAGUCAAGUACCCAAAACGGGCAAAACCCAAAAACCCUCCUUCCGUUUCUUCAAAUUUGAUCUCAAAGCUUGAAGUUUGCAACAAUGGAGGGAAGAAGUUCAAAUUUAUUGGAUGAAGCUCUUGGAAUCUUCAACGAAAGCUCUUCUUCAUCUUCUUCCUCACUACCCAGCGGCAGUUGCGUACUGAUCGAAGAUUCCGUCGAAACAAGCGGCGCUUUCGUCAUUCACCACAUACUCAAACGCACUCUCUCUCCUCACUCCUCUUCCUCCGCCGCCGUCGUUUUCGUCUCUCUUUCUCACCCUUUCUCUCACUACGAUCGCAUUCUCCGCAAACUUGGUUGUAACUUGGCUUCCCACCGUGAAAAUGGGAGGUUUUUCUUCUUUGACAUGCUUAUGCUGGGAUGCACAGACCAAAGCAUGGGAAACUUACAUAAUGGUGUACUGAUUGAGUUGUACGGGAAAAUCCAAAAAGUUGUAGAAGACAUUAUAUCCAGUGGUGGAAACAGUAAAUGUAUCACUAUUAUACUUGACGAUUUCUCCCUAAUCGAGGUUGCUGCCAAGGGCUCUUUCAAUCAUAGCUUUGACUUCCUGCGAUAUUGUUAUACUUUGACUUCGGAAGGAUGUUCCCUUGUGAUUCUUAACCAUGAGGAUAUCUAUUUUGGAGAGGAAAGUUCGACACCCAUUUUACAGAUGGAGUACCUAGCUAACAUAUUGAUCAAAGCUGAACCAUUGGCAACUGGUCUGGCAACUGAUGUCCAUGGACAGUUGACUAUAUUGAAUAAGGGCAUGCAUGACAAGACUAGGAGUUCAACAAACAAGGUACAAAAUUUCCACUUUAAACUCAAGGAGAAUGGUGUGGAGUGCUUUUUUCCAGGGACUCGGGCUUGAAAAGAGAAGAUAGUAAACUAACUCGAAAGGCUAUACCCUCUAAUAGCGUAGGUGCUGCCGCACAAGUACACAUCUCAGUGGUGUGGAAUUAACAUAAUGCUGAUAUAUUUUGUGGAGUUCAGCACCAUGUCUCGUAAUUUUGGGGUUCCGGUGAAAGUGGCCGGAGUUGUGAACUAUUUAACUUUUUAUUUGAUCCUUGAGACUGGAAUGUAUCUUCCCAUGUGGAGCUAUAAACUAAUCAAAUGAAGUUCUAUAAUGACAUUCUUACUUUGCAA